UGGAAAUUCUGCUGUGGCUGGCUGCUGACGACUCGUCUUGUCCAUAAACUGCAUGUGAUUAAUCCAUCUCAAUGUUCAACUGAUCGGUGCCGGAAACCGUGCUCUGUAAAUUUGUUGUCGCAUUUGACUGUGAUGAUGCAUUGUUUCCGUGUAAUCUGUUACAUAACCGGCACUGCAUGGAUACAGUAUUAUUUUUAAAGCAGACUUGACUUCAAUCACGGAUACUGUUGCCGGCGUGGAAUUGUGGCGACCCAGGAAUCGCAGUGGGUUUUUUUUUCACCCCGGAAGGAGCUUUCGGAAACUUGCCGGCUGCCUGUUUAUUCUGGUGUUAGUUAUUGUUGCCGAGUGUACCAUGCGAUCUACACUGCCGCCAGGGAUCCGUUGCGUUCAGGCAUUCAGCAGAGACAGCUGGUACCGUGGCUUCAUUCUGAUGCUGACCUUCCUGUUUUAUGCCAGUUACCACUUGUCUCGCAAGCCCAUCAGCAUAGUCAAGAGUGAACUCCACAAAAAUUGUUCCUCAAUUGACGGCCAUGGAAACAAAAGUCACCUCGACAACGAUACAUGGUGUGACUGGGCUCCAUUUGAUAAACCCAAUUACAAGAUGCUGUUUGGUGCAUUGGAUAACUCCUUCUUAAUAUCUUAUGCCAUUGGAAUGUUUUUCAGUGGUAUAUUUGGGGAGCGUCUGCCUCUGCGCUAUUACCUCACCGUUGGGAUGUUGCUCAGUGGAUUGUUCACCGCUCUCUUUGGAUGUGGAUUUUACUGGCAGAUCCACAGCAUCUGGUUCUAUGUGUUUAUGCAGAUUGCAAAUGGCUUGGUGCAGACCACAGGGUGGCCAGCUGUUGUCGCUUGCGUGGGUAACUGGUUCGGAAAAGGGAAGAGAGGUUUCAUUAUGGGAAUCUGGAACUCUCACACAUCAGUCGGUAAUAUUCUUGGCUCUUUGAUCGCUGGAAUCUUCGUGUCCUCUGCCUGGGGUUUAUCAUUCAUAGUGCCUGGUGCCAUUAUUGCAGGAAUGGGAAUAAUCUGCUUCUUCUUUCUUGUAGAGUACCCCGAAGAUGUGGGCUGUACUUCACCUCAACACCAUGACCAGAGGGAGCAGGAGCCGUUGUUACGCCGUGAUAGCAUGGAUGAGAUUUUCGCCAAUCCCAACGACGAGGGAAGUAUCAAUACCAAUGGCUACACCACACAGCCCUCAGCAAUCAGCUUCUUGGGAGCACUCAGAAUACCUGGAGUGGUGGAGUUUUCACUCUGUUUACUCUUUGCCAAACUUGUCAGCUACACGUUCCUCUUCUGGUUGCCACUCUAUAUUUCAUCUGUGGCUCAUUUGAAUCCCAAAGCUGCUGGUGACCUCUCGACACUCUUUGAUGUUGGUGGUAUUAUUGGUGGAAUUCUGGCUGGAAUCAUCUCCGAUUACACUGGUGGGCGGGCCACUACGUGCUGGAUGAUGUUGAUCGUGGCUGCUCCUAUGCUCUUCCUGUAUAACUACAUUGGGAAAAAUGGACUUGCAAUAAUUAUAGGAAUGCUGAUCCUGUGUGGAGCUCUAGUGAAUGGACCGUAUGCACUGAUCACAACUGCAGUGGCGGCCGAUCUGGGGACCCACAAAUGUCUAAAAGGGAACGCUAAAGCAUUAGCGACUGUGACUGCAAUCAUUGAUGGAACGGGCUCAAUUGGUGCUGCCUUGGGACCCCUGUUGGCAGGACUUCUCACUAACUGGAACAAUGUAUUUUAUAUGUUGAUUGCGUCUGAUAUCUUAGCCUGCCUGUUAUUGACCAGAUUAGUCUUCAAGGAGAUUCGGGGCUGGUGUGGACAUCUGCCAAGACCAAGAGGAUUGAAAGAGAUUUAACAGAGAAGAUCAUAAAAGAAACCUAGGAAAUUCAAAGUGUCAAUUAAUUCUGGUUUUGGCUUCAAAGCUCGGUACCUGCUCUGUCAGUGUGUGGGAGUAAAGUAUGAAGAAAGAGAAGUAUAAUAAGGUCUCUUUAAUGUACUGCUCCCUUCGGAGAGACUGACAAAACAGAUUUUAAACUCAGACCUGUCUUUUAUGAAACUGUUAGCUAAAUUUUAACCACUUACUUUGAUGGUAGCCCUGCUAAUUUAUGGUGAAACAGUUUUCGUUAAGGGAACUUUGGGAGCACAGGCUGAGUCUAAUGCAUUGUCUUUUAAUAAAGUAUCUGUACACUAUUUGUAUAAUUUUGUUUCCAAGUGGAAUAUUUCUUUAAAAAUUUGACUUCAAAAAUCAAACAUAAGCACUUUUUUUCCUUUUAGUUUUAUCCAUAUUUAUUUGGUUCUGUGUCUUGAUCCUGUUUAGUUGGAUCUUGGGUAGCUAUCAAAAGGCACUUUACUUCAUCUGUCUGCCUUCUCCUGUGUCUGUGUGUGUGAGAUGCACAAGAGAAGGUGAAAGUCAAGUUAUGAAAAGACAGUGCAGUCAUUCACUGUGCCAUUUCCUGAUGGUUCUCCCAUGUUUAUUUAAAAGGGGGGGGGUUGUAGGAGGGAUCCUUCAGGGGUUCACUGUGGUGAAACAAUUAAUACUUCAAUGUUUGUGCUGUGGGCUUGGCAUUACAGUGGCUCCCUAGCCUGCCUUCAGAAAUACCUGCAAUGUUUUUCUAAUAUUGGUCAACAUGUGGUUUUUAAGAAGGUAACAAGCCUUGGAAGGAUCAAUGAAAAAGCUGCUUUGAACCUUCCAAUGCUGUGACAUGCACUCGAAGACCUUACAGUAUUCUUGUAGUUUGGUUUGAAACUUGGAGAGUCAAAACAGAACUCUGUCACAUAGAGCAGGAAAACCCCAGGUCUGGGCUAAUUUAGUUUGAUCAGAAUGGUUAAUACAUUCAUAGUGAAUGAAAGGGGAGUACCUGCAAUGUUGCACAGGUGUGACAGGAAAACCGUUCUCCAGUAAUACUGAGACGUGGUGUUACUGCAUCUGGAAGAUUGUAUGGAGAUUGUCUGCCACUUGUGUGAUGGAGGGAGUAUGACAAAGAUUCACCAGUUUGAUUCUUGUGCUGCGUGCUGUUGUUUGGAGAUGAGAGGCUGAGGGGUUAUUUUAUAGAGGUAUGUAACAUAUGAGAUGUAGAGAAGGUGGAUGGUCUUUUUUUUUUAUCCCUAGGGUAGGAAAAUCUAAACUUCGGGAGAACAGGCUUGGGUUUAAAGUGAGAAGAGUUUGUCAUUCAAGGUUAUAAGAAGCUUUGAAGUAGACUAUUUAGUUUGAAUUGCUGAUUAUCUGAUUAAACUUGUUAACUCUAAAUUCUAGCUUUAAGUCAGUGUGAUAUUUGCAUUCAGAUACAUCAUUCCUCUGUAUGUUAUUCUGACACUGAGACGCACGGAAAACUCGCGCUCCAGUCUUGUUUACUUUCAGAAUGGAUCAUUUUUACACAAUUACUAUUGUGGCCAAUGGAAAGCAAUAACCUUUUGUAUUUCAUGUUUAAACAUCUAAACGUUUGUAAAAAAAAAACACCUGUGCCCUCACGAUGUUUGCAGAGUGUGCAUCCCUACUUAGGAUCCAGUACAGAAACAGGCCCUUUGGCCCACUGAAUCCAGACUGACCGUCAUUAGCCCUUUUUUGUAAUAAACUAACCUUAAUCAACGUUGUCCUUGGCACAUUUCCAUCAACUUCCCCAGAUUCUGCCCUUAAGUUCCUAAGGGAUGUGGUAAGAAUCGGGAAUAGCUGGAGUCACAGGGAAAACUUGCAAACUCCACACUGACAGCACCAAAGAUCAGCAUUGAACUUGGGUCACUGGCACUGAAGAAUUGGCUUUACUUGCUGCACCACUGUGCUGCUACAAACCUCUUGUUGUCUACCCAGGCUGGUACAUAUAAAUGUACAUUAGGAAGAAGACUAGGCCAUUCCAAAGACAGACCCCUCCUGAGCAAAAAAUCUCUGACUUAAGUGGGUGGCCCCUUAUUUUCAAGCAGUGACUCCUGGUUCCAGAUUCCUCAGAACAUCACCCUGUCCUUUAUCCUGCUCCUUGGAACAGAUAACUGCCCACUGUGUUUAUGGAGGCUGACUGCAUAAAACGCAGUGAGAAGAAAGAUUAGGCUUGGCUUUGGAGCCAGCCUGAAUGCUGCAAUUGAGUGGUGCCUGCAUCUCUAAAUGUAAUGUAUCAAACUAAAGCUUCCUGCCCUUCGUAAAAACUUUAGUUGUGCAAUUUCUGUCUUCCUUGGGGAUGGAAAGAGUGUACGUCUUUCACACUCUUGAGAGUGUGGAACAGAGACCCAAAAAGUAGCUCGGUGAGUCCUGGUGGGUUGAAUCCAAUUUCAAAUUUUAUUUGAACGCUGGUUACCAACUCUGGUAGUCCUUUAGGUCCCUCUCUCUUCAGCUACUCCUUAAAAUCGCUUUCUCAGCAAAUGGCCUUUUCUCCCUCUUCCAAUCUCCUGCUGUCAAUAUACUUCAUAAUGCAUCUAUCAAGUGCCUUGGGACUCUAUAGCAACAUGGCAACUUGCAUACAGAGUAAAGUACAUCAAGUUUUUAUUUGCUGAGGAGGUACUUGUCUGCAAGAACCACCUGCAACAUACAGAUGAUGCUCUUUGUUCUCCAGCUUUCUUUCGUGACCAGGCUGAUCGCUCUCAACGUCACCAUUAUUAAAUAUAGCAUAAUGGUCUGUGAACUGCACAAUGGGUGCGUAGUGAAGGGCACUCGAAGUACAAAAGGGCUCAAGAAACACGUAGUCAGCUGGAUGCAAAACACAAUCAAGGUGAAUGUGCUCUGGGCAGACCUUCUGUGACCUAGAAUUUUCUGCCUUACACCUGAAGUAAAGGGAAACGCGUGGUCUGAAAGGAAAUCAAAUCCACAAUGAGUGCCCUGUGGGAGGGGGCAGAAAGACUUCACAAUGCUUCACUAUGUUUUAAAGUAGAGCUGUCAUGUUUCAUGUAAUGGUGACAAGUUUGUGCCCAGCAAGCUCGCAUACACUUCCAUCCCCCAUCGGGAAUGCCUUGGGGCUCUCCAUUUCUUAAACACAUCUAAUCACUUCCCCUCUAUUAACACCGUCUUCCACCUGGUGGAACUAGCGCUUACCCAAAUAAACUUCUCUUUUGAUUCCUCCCACUUUUUUACACAUCAGAGCUGUAGCCAUGGGCUCCAGAUACAACGGACUUUAGCUAUGUGGGAGCAGUCUUUGUUCUGGACCUACCUUUGAAACCCGUCCACCUCUUUCUUCACUACUCGAUGACUGCAUUACCAUGCAGAACUCGUCAGUUUCAUCAGCUACAAACUUCUUCCCUGCUGUCAUUUCUGACAUCACUAUCCCCUUUUUUGAUCUGUCGCCAUUUUGGGAGAUGAACUAUUCACUGACACUUGCUACAAAUCCAGUGACUCCCACAGCUAUGUAGACUACACCUCCUCUGACCUCGUCUCUUGUAAGGAUACCAUCCUUUUCCGUUACUUUGCCUCCACUGCACCUGUUCUUGGGGUGAAACCUUCCACCUCAGGACGUCUGAGAUGGCCUCCUUUUUUUUCCAGCAAAAUAGAUUCCGCCAUCACUGUGAUCGAUAGAACCCUCCCCCUCCUCUCUAUUUCCUGCCCUUCUGUUCUCACCCUGCCUCCCACCAUAUAGUCCUUGCCUUUCACCCCGCCAGCCUCUACAUCAAGCACACCAUCCCUCCGCGUUUCAGCCAGCUACAGCGUGACCUCAUCACCAGUGUUAUCUUCCCCUUUCCAUUCUGUUCUGCUUUCCACAGGGACCACUCUGUGACUCCUAGUGUCCAUUCCUCCCCAGUGCAACACCUACUCCUCCAUCUUCCCCUUUGCCUGUAUCUAGAGGUAAUGCUGUCCAGAGGUUUUACAAAAGUCAAGAAUGAGGUGCAAAACCUUAUGGUUAUAGCUAUUUUCUUGUAUUUCAUCACGGUCUGAGUCGGCCUGCACCAGUAAACAAAAGGCAGAGAAGUUACAAAGGAACUGCAACUGUAACAAACUGCAGCAAGCUGUAACCAUAGCUGAGGAAUCACAAUGAACAUUUUCAGAACAUCGUUCCCCUUCACCACCAGAUUUCUGAAUGGUCCAGGAGCACAACCUCAUUAUUUGACUUUUGAACUCUAUUAUUUGCUUUAUAACUUAUUGCAACUCAAGUUUUGUGCUGCACUGCCGCCACAAAACAACAAAUUGUCCAACAGUAACUCAGUGGCCACUUUAUUAGAUACCUCCUAAUCAACGUGCUGUGUGUUUAGAGAUCCUCUUUUACGUACCACUGUUGAAACUUGUGAUUAUUUGAGUUAUCAUUCCACUGUCAAAGUCACAUUUCUUCUCCAUUCUGAUGUUUGGUCUGAACAACUGAACCUCUUGGCCAUGUCUGCAUGCUUUUAUGCAUUGAGUUGCUGCCACAUGAUUGGCUGAUUAGAUAUUUGUAUUAAUGAGCAGAUGUACCUAAUAAAGUGGCCACUGAGUGCAUGUCGGUAAUGAUAAACCUGACUCAGAUUCUGUGUCUGGCCGUAACAAACUGUAAGUGGCAGUAACAAAGGGAAGUGCACUCGUACUGCAAAGUGGUUUAGAUAAGAAAUCAGUUUAGCAGGUACUGAGUGAAUCAUGCUUCAGCUUGGCAGACAACAAAACUACAAAACCAAGUGUACCACAACAUACUAAAAGUUUACAACAGUGAUGAUACAAACAUGUAGGUAAGCAAGCAUAAAGAGGGCUAAAUCUACAAGGAAAAAUAGAAUCAAAAACAAUCUGACCCUAAUCCAAUGGGACUUAAGUGGCCCUCCCAGGCUCACGUGCAUCUCCUCCAACCCUGUCUAUUGCGUUUGAUGCUGCCUCCGUUACAUCUGAGACCAGUGCAGACAAGGUGACUGUCUUUCCAAGCACUGCUAUGAUCAUCUGAAGCUCCUGACUUUCAGCCAAUUUAAUUCUCUUUCUCAUUCCCACAGAGGUCUUUAUUUCCUCAGCUGCCAACACUGCCAAGAUGAGGCCCAAUGCAAUUAGAAGAACAGUAUCUCAAAUUCUGCUUGUUCUACAAGCCAAACAAUGAAUUCUCCAUUUUGGUGUAAACCCCUCCUCAACUGUCUGUUUUAUUCCUUCCUUAUCUACUCAGCCCCUUUCACACAUUUCUUUGUCUCCAAACCACACUCAACAGCCCUCCAUCUCCCAGUUUCUUUGCCCAACCUACCUCCUUUAUUUGGUUCCUCUUUACCUUCCUCUCCUCUCAGUUUCCAUCAUCUGCAGCCCUUUGUUGCCUCCAUCUAUCUCCAUUUCCACUUUUCCCUCUCCCACCCAACUCCAUCUGCCAAUUAGCCCCUCCUCAUUUGGAUCCACCAGCACUUGCCUCCCCCCACCUUUAUACUGACUAUCAUGCCUCUCUCAGUCCAGAUGAUAGGUCUCAACCUGAAAUGUUGACAGCCCACUUCCUUUACAGAUGCUGCCUGACCCUCAGUUCCUCCAGCAGCUUGUGUGAGGCUUCAGAUUCCAGCAUCCGCAGUCUUUUGUAUCUCCACGAUAAAGCUUCAUAACUGUUUAGUUGCAUUAAUAGAAAAAAAUAUUAACCAAAACAUCAACGUGAACGCUCCUGUUGUGUGAAAAAUCCAGAUGAGUAAUCUAUUGCUGUGUUGAUCAAGGUUUUCUCUUUUUGUACAUCUGGAGCAAUUCACUGUUAGGAGCUGCAGAAUGAUAGGCGUCAAUCCUGAAAGAGUGAUGUAAGGGAGGAAUACGCCAUCAUCUUUGAGGACUGAAGUGCUUUAAUGUUAUUUGACUUUUUGAUGGGAGUGGUUUGCUUUGAAGAAUUCUUCCUUUUUUCAGAAAUCAUUCUGCUUUGAUCUCAUCUGCACUCUGAUGUCUUUCCCCCAAAUCUUGUUAGAUUGUUAUGGCUUCAAAGAACAGGGACAGAAGUGGGCUAGUCGGCACAUCUGCCGAUUUGAUUGAUCAAUUAUAGUAGGACUGACCCAUACCUCAAGUCCACUUAAAAAUCUAAAUUCAUGUCCUCUGACACCUUUAUCCAUAACAUCGUGUAAUACAGCAUGGAAGCAGGUCAUUCAGCUUACUGACCAGUCGGCAUCUAUCUGCAUUAAUCCGAUUUUUCAGCAUUUUGCUUCGGGCCGAUGUCUACAUAUUGCAGGGUGCCCUAACAUUACUGACUCCUUCACAUCCCUCUGCUAGCAUUAUCAGAAAAUCAUACAGCAUCUUAUUAUUCUUAUCCAAAUAUUCUGAUCUUUAAAAAUAAUACAUAGUUGUAAUUCAUAUUUUCAUGCAAAUAUGUUUAUGCUGAACGGAUUGUAUUGUUGAAGUGCUGGGAUGAUUUACUAAAUAAGUUGGAAAGUCUUAGUUUCCUUCAGUAAAUUUGUCUCAAGGGAAAAAAUAUCAUUGAUGUUCAAAGUGGAAAAAGGACGAGAAACAAAACAGGCUAUUUGAUACUUUCUGAUUUUAUUUAUCUCCACCCCCCCCCCCACCACAACUAACCCUGACUACCUUGAUAAAACUAUCUAAAACUUGAUUUAAAAUACAAUUCCAGCGAAUCAGAGCCACAGAAGAGGAAGUGUACAUAUCAAAAUCUAGCAGGGAGGAAACCACCAGUGAUGAACAAGUUGUUAUACAAAUAAUCAAUGUGCACUGAAAGAAACACCUCCUAAAAUUUAAUGUGUUCAAAAUUUCCCACAUCUGGCAAGAGUGUUUCUAGUAUUGUUUAAAUGCCAAACCCACAGGAUUAUUUUGGGAUUUGUUAAUGUAAUUCUCAAUUAGUAUCUUUUAUCACAGGAUAAAAGCACAGGAAGAGCUUCUCCCCUGAGGCUGUGACACUGCUGGACCUCUCAUCACAGCGCUAAGCAGUAUUGCAUCCGUAUUGUACUGUCUCAGUACUUUUAUAUUUGUGUGCUGUAGAACUUUUAUUCGCAGUUAUUUUGGAAAUAACACUGUUCUUUGCAUUUCCGGUCAGAUGCUAAAUGCAUUUCAUUGGCUUUGUAUCUGUACUCGGCACAAUGACAAUAAAGUUGA